CCUGUAUUUCGAAAACGAAGCAACAAUCUAAAAAAUGUUAUACUACAUUUUCGUCUUAAAAUUAGGUGAGAAUUAUCCUUCUUCCUUUUGCCAGAGAGGUUAGGAAACAUUUCAUUACCAGCAAAAAAGGAAAAAUCCAUUGAUAAGCAACUUUACUUCUGAUGGUUUAGUGGGCUUUGGUAGGUAUCGUGGUUCGGAGCUUUCUUCUAUGAUUAUCAGCAUUUGCCCUCAAUUAAUAGUUCAAAUGGGUCUGACUGGCUCCGUUCACCCCUACAAUUAUUUGUAUGCAAACAAAGUAGGUAACGCAUGGGUACUGUUAGCAUAAGUGCGUUUGAGUUUAUUUCUGCCAGUAUGUUUUCUGUUUUCAUUCAUAUUGUGGGAUCGUAGAUACAUGGAUGGUAUUCUAAUCCAUAGAUAUUUCUAACCAGUCGUAAAUUUUUACUCCGGUCACGCCCGAAAAAGUUUCAGGGCCACCCGAUUAUUAUUAGGCAAUUCGGUCGCUGGUCGCCGAAUCGCUGAUAUCUGCGGCUGGUGAACAGCGGCUCAGCGGCAUAGAAAACAUUUUAUACCAAAUGUUAAAUUUAGUACCUACUUGAAAUGUAUUAUGGUUAUUUGUUGUUUAUCUCUUUAGUUCUUUAUCAUUAAGUAUUUGGGUAAAAUAGAAUGGCUUGUGUCAUCGAGCUAGAUGCCACCGGACCAUAUGCACCAGGAAGGAAAGUAACUGGAAAACUUCUGUGUUUAUUCAACACGUACGAAUCUAUACAAGGGAUAAAAUGUUAUUUAAAAGGUGAAGAACGAGUUAGUUUUGUGGAAGGAGAUACAUAUAGGGAAUAUAAAGCAUGUGAAACUUUUUUGAAAAGUGAAAUAGAAAUUAUGGAAGCAUGUACAUUGCAAGCUGAAACAUACAAAUAUCCAUUUUCUUUUGAUUUGCCUGCUGGGAUUCCCUCAAGUUUUGAACACGCAAAGGGAAGAAUUGUAUACGAAGUAACUGCUGUGGUUUCUAGAGGAGCAGGAAGAUUUUAUCGAAACAGCCAAUUGAUAAAUGUGUCUGUAACAGUGAACUUAAAUGAUAUGAUGCACGAAAUUUCGUUGGCACCAGUAACUUAUCCGAUAGAAGAAGUGAUAGAAUCAUACUGUUGUUGUUAUAGUGCGCAUGUUUUUUUGGCCCUGACUUUGAAAAAAGACGCCUUUUUAGUUGGAGAAGAUAUUAAAAUUAGUUUGGAUGUUAAUAAUGCAGCCACUGUUGAUAUCAUUGAUGUGGUUCUAAAACUAGAAUCGCAUACGGAAGUUACUGUUGAGCAACCACAUAGAAAGCAUAUUACUAUAGAUGAAAUAUUCUCAAAGGGCGAAGGUGGAGUUCUAGGGAAUUCGCAAAAAGUGUAUGACUUAUGUCUUAAAAUUCCAGGAUAUGUAAAAGUUUUCAGUUUUAGAAAAUGCAGAUUAAUAAGGCAGUGGUAUUGUAUAACGGCAGUUAUUAUUUUUGGAGAUUGUUAUGACGAUGUCAGAUUGCCAUGUAAAAUAACACUAGCCCAUGUUUCUGUUAAUGUACCUAGACCCAUCGGUUUACCACAGCCAUCUGAAGAACCCAUACGACCUUCAAUUGCACGUAACUACAGAAACGUCGUUCCAGUAGCGCAGGCGCCUGUAGAUAUUUACCCUCCACCAAACCGCCCACCAUAUCCUCUUGACGACUCCCAUUUUCCAUCACCACACCGAAGUCAUGUAAUGCCUCCAAUGCCAACUGUGCAUCUUCCGGUCAGUUAUAGCGCACUACCAAGCGCUCCUCCACCGAUGUCUUCUCCUAGAAGAAAUCCGAGAAAUUCCGCUCCACUAGCCGAAGAAGAUGACGCACUGCUACCGCAAGAUGGUACAGAAGAGCCCACUCCUCCACCAACUUAUGAUGAAGCUAUCUUUAAUGACAGCAGUGCUACUAGAAAUAAAUAAAAAAUCAUAUAUAACACAUUGUUCGAAUGGAUUAAAAAAAAAAUGUAAAUAAUACUGUGAUUUUAUAAAAUCUAUAAUAUAUGUGUAUGUUAUUUUAUAAUGUUUUACUUCUGUUGACUGCCAUUUAUUUUUGUAUAAUUUUUUCUAUUGAUGGCAUAUUUUAUUAAAUAUUUUUCAAGAUU